AUGCCGCCCCAAAAACGCGUUCGCGAAAAGGCAGUAGCAGCUGAAGAUUCAGGGGAGAGGAAGCAGCAACCAUCCUUCAAACCUGGGCUCCGCGAUCGUCCUGCGCCCGAUGCUACUAUCGCCGCUACGGCCACUCCGGUCCCGUCUAAGGAUUAUCAGCACGGGAAGAAGGAAGUAGGAAACCUCGGAUCUCCCGUCUCCAAAGCGAAAAAGAGACUCAAGACCACCACGGUUGUCGCAGCUUCGACCAUCCAUGAUACGAACGACCAACCGUCCCGCUCAUAUUGGCUAAUGAAAGCUGAGCCAGGGACCAGAGUGGAGAAGGGAAAAGACGUCAAGUUUUCCAUUGACGAUCUCAGGGCAUGUAAGAAGCCUGCGGGCUGGGAUGGCGUCAGGAAUUACGGCGCCCGCAACAACCUGAAAUCCAUGAAAAAGGGGGAUUUGGCAUUCUUUUACCACAGCAACUGCAGAGAACCAGGAAUAGUAGGAAUCAUGGAGAUAGUGCAAGAAGCUACUAUAGACGAAACCGCGUUCAACCCUGAAGAACCCUAUUACGAUCCGAAAUCUUCGAGGGAUAAUCCGAAGUGGUUCCUGGUGCACGUAGAAUUUCGCCGGAAACUAGAAAGACUGGUGGGACUGGCGGAGCUGAAGAGGUACGCGAGCAAGGAGCUUUCGGUCCUCCCGCUGCUGAAGAUGGGGAGGUUGAGUGUGUCUGCAGUGCCCGUGGAAUGCUGGGAGUUUAUCCUUUCCUUGGAGAAGAUGGAAGAGGAUGGGAGUUGA